GCCACCAACAAACACACAAAAACAGAGACACCUGUACACACACACAGACAUGUACAUACACAUACACACACACAGAAACAUGUACACACAUGCACAGAGACACAUGUACACACACACACACAUACAGACACAUGUAUACACACACAGGCUCGUACAGACACACAGACACAUGUACAUACACACAGACACAUGUACAUACAUACACAGACACAUGUACGUACAUACACACAUGUACAUGCACACACACACACACAUGUACACACACAGACACAUGUACACAUACAUGUACAUACACGCAGACACAUGUACAGAUACACACAUGUACAUACACACAGACACAUGUACAAUUGUACAUGCAUACACAGACACACACAAACACACACACAUGUACACGUACACCCCCCCCCCCAUAAAAUGUUGCAGUACUUCGUUGUUCACUCACAGAUCUGGGUACUGCAUCUAGGGGGUAGGCAGAGAGCAGAGCACACACUCCUUGCUUUGCUUUCACUGCGCUCAGCUAUUGAGCAGUCUGACAGUUCCCAUUGCCAAUGACAGAUCCUGCCUGAGCUCCGAGCCUGCUCAGCAAGACGGCCCCGGGGGACACACUCGCCCCCACCAUAAUUUCCACUCGCCAUUGGCGAGCAGGCGAGUAGAAAUUUCAAGC